GGUAACACGUGUAUUUUUGAGGUCUCCAAGGGCGUCUGGCACUGCUCUGGUGACGCCGCGGAGUGUGUGGUGCGCGAGACUAUAUAAAGGAAGGUCGAGUGAGUCCUUAAGAGCGAGCAGAACGGAGAUCCUUGCCUGAAAAUGAAGGUCCUGUGUCUCGUGGCGGCAGUCUGCGUGGUGGCGGUGGCGGGGGACGACACCAGGGGAGCAUUUGGGAGCUUUAACAGACCUGGCAGACCUGGGAGACCUGGGAGUGGUAUUCUGGGUAGCAUUGUGGACGGUCUAACUGGACACGGCGGGGUACAUGGGGGCGGUCAUGGGGGUGUACAUGGGGGCGGUCAUGGGGGUGUACAUGGGGGAAUACAAGGAGGGCACGGAGGAAUACACGGUGGCAUUCACGGAGGCGGCCACGGCGGUCAUGGAGGCAUCGGGGGUCAUAUAGGUGGCCAGUGUGGUACCAAUGUCCCCACGCACAUAAGGGCUGGAUGCAAGCACUUCACCAGGGAUCGCUACGGCCAAUACGUGUGUGACAGAAACCAGAAGCCAGCUUACCGGUGCCCGCCUGUCCGUCCCGAGUGCCCUCUUAACACCAGGUUCGGCCCGCCUAUUCAGUGCACGUUGGAUACAGACUGCCCUGGAAUCUCGGACAAGUGCUGCUGUGACGCUUGCCUCAGCCAUCCCGUGUGCAAACCUUCAGCCUAAACACCCACACUGCCUCUCCCACACCUGGCCGUCCCUUCCUUCCAGUUUCGUUCGGGAGCUUACCAACAAGGGAAGCAUUUGGGUUGGAUAGUGUAUAAAGUAUCUGGUAUUGGUCCCAUAGUCUCACCAGUUCCUUAUUUUUUGUAAACUGACAAACGAAAAGCAGUAGUCGAAGUUAAUUGUGAAGUCUGGUUACGGCUUAAGUUCUUUCGUUGGCUACCUAGCAAACGAGUAAGGUCUGUAUUCUGAAACGCUUUGCUCUCUCGCCAUCACUGCUUUCCAAAGGCUUUAGUUGAAGAUACUGAUGUUUUAAUGAGUAUUUUUAUGGUUCUGGUGAUGGACUGGCAAGAUUCUAGUUUAUCAUAAGGAGAAACACUCUUGAAAACUCUGCUAGUCGUCUCUGUGGCCUUGGAAACUUUGUGGUGAAAGAGCAGUGUUUUUUUUAAUAUGGUCGUAAGGGUGACUGUGGAAAUGGGCCAUCAUCUCUCCAGUCUGAAGAACCUAAGGAAGCUGCAAGAAGCUGUCUGGUGGCUGUUCCUGUCAUGAAGCCUGUCCACUCCCAACUAUGACUCGGAUUCAUCAUUUUGUUUAUCUGUUAACGCUUCCUGAUGACUUGGCCCCACCAACCUGGUCACCGAGUCUAUUCUAUUCAUUUGACACUGUAUUUGUAAACCAAUACUUUCUUAUUUCUUUGUUAAAUAAAACCCCAACUUUAUCAA